AUGUCGCCAUCACGAACCGACGACUUGCGCGCCUACUUCUCGGCGCCCAACGCCACACCCCGGCCCAUCCUCACGUCCCUGAAUGGCGACCAUUCCUGGCUCGCCUCAUUCCCCCGCCCGGCUGCCGAGCGUGCCCAGCCAAACAGCAAAACCUUCUUCCAUGUUGUGAUCGACCCUUGGCUGGCUGGGGAGUCAACCCUGCUGGGGUCUUGGUUCAUCUCCAUUACCACGCCGGCGCCUGCAGCGAUCAACUCUGGCGCAGCCGUCGAAGAUGUCGUGCGAGAGAUUGAAGCAGAAGCGAACCAGGGCGCUCCCAGGACGGAAGAAGGAACCGACAAGACCAACAACUCCUCACCCAUCGACGCCAUCUUCCUCAACUUCCACUACGGCGACCACGUCCACGAGCCCACGCUGCGUACCUUCAACCGCGACAUCCCCGUCUUUGCCACAGCCGAAGCCGGCGCUCUCGCCCAGAAAUUGAACCAUUUCUCUCAUCUCACUUUCACGCACGAUCUCGUCGGCGGUUCCUCACCAACCCAAUCCUGGCGCUCCCUGCGUCCAGGCCAGCAAGACAGCGGCAGCAGCAGCGAUGCUUCUUCGACCACCACGGCUGCCAGCGCUCUCCCCGACUGGCUAACCGUCUUCCGCAUCCCAGGCCACCACGAACUCAACCACGGCACAGCCAUCAUCUACUCCCCGCCCUCCCCGGACCCAGCAACUGUCCCACAACGCCAUGAAACCCUCCUCCUCAUCCCUCACGGCAUCCGCACCGACCAGCCCGCGCUGCAGGCUUUCCUCACCUUCCUGCGCGAUGAGGACCCCAAGGAACGGCUUGACCUCCUUGCCUUGCUGCACCCGCUCAAGGUGAACUACGCCUUUGGUAGGCAGUUCACGAUGGGCUUGGAGGGGGGGAUGGAGUUGUUGGAGGAGUUUCCUAAGUGUGGAGAUGGUAGCGAUGGAUCUGGGUCUGGAUCUGGGUCUGGGUCUGGGAACGGACCGCGGUACUGGAUCCCGACGCAUAACGCGAUGUUGGGGUAUGCGGGGUUGUUGGCGUGGGUGAUGUGGAUUAAUGAUGUAGUGAGGACGGUGGGUGAGGCGCAGGAGGAAAUGGAGAAGAAGAAGAAGGCCCCGAAGGUGGUGGGGGUGGAGAACGGGUCGUGUCUUGUGUUGAUGUAG